AUGGCUACUAAUCAAUUGGCUUCUCCGAUGAAAUUCGCCUGUCUUCGGGAAGCGUCAUCGGUCCUGAUCCGUCCUAUCGCCUCCGCCGGUAACAUUGCCGUUGUGAACUUCAGUAUCAUCCGAACUCAUCUCAUUCUCGUUCGUUCUCCGUCUGGCUUUCUGCAACGUUCGCGUCAACUCGGAUGUGAUCUCAAGUUGAUGCUGGAGAGUUUCGACGUCGGUAACGGUCCUGCUCAUAUCGGCAGCGUUGGAUUCUGCAUCCACGACGCGGCAAGAGGCACCGCAUCUACUCAUCUCAUCGACGCUACAAUGUUAGUGCUCAGCUUUGUUGAACCAGCCGACCAUAUUGAUUGA